CCACGAGAACAGCAGAACAGCGACGAAUCGCUGUAGCCAGUGUCUCGAGGAGCACCCCACAAGUAUAACGGGGAAGUUGGAGGGUGGUUCGACACAGUGGCCUCGUAUAACUAACCCAUAUACAUAUUAACGAACGUACAACGAAUGAAUCGUCGCAUUCUAUUUUACUUCGAUCGUUACCAAACGAACAUUCGGAAACACGUCGGACGUUAUACUGCGAGUUGCUGUAUGUAAAUCAAUAAUAGAAAUUUGUGGCGACACGCAAAUUAAAAGUGGAACUCGACAUAUGUUAUCGGAUCUGUGUACGCGAUUGUUUAUUUAAGAUGAUACCACCUGCGAGUUACGUCUCGAACGAUAGCCGUUAAUAAACGGAUGAUUGUUUAAAUCUAUGAUUACCUGUUUGAAACUUGAAAAUUGAUUAAUUUCGUGUCGAUGGUCGAAUAAAGACUAAUUUAGAAGAAUGACAGUGACGUACGUUGAAAUAUUACGUCUGAAGAUCGCGAUGAAUAAUUUGAUGUGUUAUUAUGCGAAUUCUCGAUGCAACGGUAAAUAAUAUGGCGCGCCUUCAUCUGCAGUCAAUGACGUCAAAGUCGGACGUCGAGAGGGACGUGAAAGAUUCGAUUUUAAGCCGUUGCGACGGAACACGUUGAUUUUCAAAACGCGAACUAAAUAAACAUUUGACAAGUAAUUAAAGAGAAUCCAACGUGUCUAGCCAAAUGUUAAUUCCAUAAAAAUAUAAAUGAGAUAUCCGCCGAUGCACAGCUGAUCGAAAUAGAAAACGAUCGGAAUUCGCGAACCGGGAAUAGUAAAUGAGGGAAUCGAGAUAUACGACGGAAAUGUGUAUUAAAAUCCCUGUAUUAGCGGUAUAAUAAACCAACAGUCGAUCGCGCUCGUCGUCCGGAGAUCGGAAUGAAAUUUGUUUUCGAUGGUAUGAAGAAAUAUUGAACUUGUGAAAGAAAAGUGAUGUACCGUGUUCGGACGAGGAGGCUCCUGAUUGAGAAACGAAAAGCAGCAGGUUGAUAUUAAGUGGGGAGAUAUUAAAAUGGGUCAAGAGUAUCUCCACGAUGACAGUGUACGUUGUUCGACUUUACGCUCGAUGCCUUCUUGAAGAGAUCCUCCUGCGAGUUCCUCGCGAGGAUCGUUAAGACUCCGCCGCCGCCGUAUGAUUUGUCAUUGACGAAGAACUCGUCAAACUGAUCUUGUGAAAGAAAAAUCAAGGGGAAUGACACCGCGUGUCAUCGUACCGACGAUUAACUAGUAAACGUGCUAUAGUUUCUCAGCCCGGUAUUUGUCAAGAACUUCGUAUAUUGCACGAUGCGUUGCGCGUAACGUUUGUAAACCCGAUCGUUCAGCGUUCGAACAUCGUUCCUGAGAAGACGAGUGUACUUUUCUGUCAAGUUUGAGACGAAAUCAGUUUCAUGGUGUACGGAACGCGCAAGAUUGCGGAGUCUGCGACGACAACGGGGACGGCUUGGCUUUACAACAUUACUACCCAAGGAGAAAUGAGUAGCAGCAGCGGAUUGGGAUUCGGCGUCGGCGUCGGUGUCGGCGUAGCCGGCGGGCCGACACUCGCGGCGGCUCAACAAGGCCAGGGUGUAGCCGCGCUUUUAGUCAUGCUCGCAGUACUCUGCUUCAUCUUCGCCUACUGUUGUUGGGGCGCGCCGUUCUGCAGAUCUCUGUGCCGAAGACACUGUUGCUGUCGCCUCGAGGAUCCAGAACCCGAUUCACGGCUCAGUACAAAUGAUCCAGCGAUGGUAGCAACGCCUACGAUCAUUCUCCUACCGCACGGCAGAAUGCUUGUUGUGGAUGGUACAAUCUUCACGCAGUUCCAAACAGAUCCAACCGGAUUGGAUUUGGUGGAGCUAGGAGACAGCGUUCUGCGUGCGCAAAGACAUUGCUCGCGGAGCCUGCUGCGCAUAAAUCGGCAAUUACAAAAUAGCCAAGGCAGUAUAUUGGAGAUGGACGCCGAAACACCGAGCAAGGACAGCUUAGGAUCCAUUGGAUGCUUUCCUCCUCCGACUUAUGAAAGUAUUUAUGGAAAGGAAGACUCGGAUAUGCCGCCAUCCUAUUCCGAUAUCUUAUUGCACAGGUUUAAUCUUCCUCACGAAGUAGAUAUGCACGGCUUUUGUCACGAUGGCAAAGAGGAGAUUGAAAUGCAGAGCCUGGACGGUUGCCCGCACAUAAUAGGUAAUCCCAUGAACACGAUACCGUACCCGUACGCGACGAUAACUAAUUUCAGUCAAAGCUUUCCACGAAGAACGGUCUCAAGGAACCCAUCGAUCAUUAGCAACCCUCUCGAUAGUUACUACGUAGAUAACGAAUUGGAAUUGUAUCGGUUAAGUCGAGAAAUGGUACCACGAGUAUUUAGCAAUGCGAACUUUGAGGCUCUCAGGUUGUACCAGGAUGAAACCUCGUUUCACAUCGUCAACGAAGUCCAACGACAGAACGAUCCUAUAGAUAAUGGACACUAUUGCGUGCCCGAUAACACUCGAAACAACGAAAGGAUAUCUUUAAGUAACAUUGACCAAAUAUCUAGAAGCGUGACGAACGAGUUGAUGAACACUAUGAAUCUCGUUCGAAGCAUGUCGAGAACUAGUCAAGAAAGUAGAAAUAAUGUAGAGAACUCGCAGAGGGAUAAUCAGGAGGCCGGAGUUUUCUUUGUUCAGUUAUCGCGAGCCGAGGAUCGUGAUAAUUCGCAGAAUUGGUAUAUUGCCAAUGAGAAUGAUAGGUCUGGAGCACAAGCGAGUCAAGAGGAUCAAUCCAUCGCGAGGAACAUGCUGCCGGAGAGUGAACAAGGGGAUCAAGCAAAUCAUGACGACCAAUCGGGCUCUUCGGCAGGAUUCUACAUCAGAGAUCAGAGCACUGAAGAGGCUGUCGGUAGACAAGGAUUGGAACCUGAGGCCGCCUACUCCGACGAAGAGACGAGGAAUUUCGGAGCGCUGGCGGACAUACGGGAGAGUCGAGUAUAACGGCACGACAGUAAGCCAUCUGACCAAGGUUGAUAUUUGUUGAGGACAAUUAAUAUGUUUCGAUUCAAGGCAAAAAUUCAAUGUUUCUUCCAUUGGUUCUCGAUAGUUUAGUAAGUCUACAAUUUAUUUGUCCGCGAAAUAACGACGACGACGAUACAUGAGGAAGCCUAUGAACACGUGUACAAACGAUUUAACUAUAAUUUUCUACACGUAAGAAACACGAUCGAUUUAAUUGUGGCACAAUAAUAAAAAGAAAACGGGGUGAGGUAAAGUUGGUUCAGUCCGUCCAAGGGUUUAUCUAACACACUAGGUUCAGUAAAUGUUAAGAAGAUAGCCGACGUUAAUAUUUUUUACAUGUCAUUGGUGAUUUAUCCUACACACUACUUAAUGUACAAUUUGCUUUCUAGAUUAUUUUCAUAUAGUAACGUAACAUAUUUCUGACAACGCAAGUUUAGACACAAGAGGCUUAUAAUUUAUAUUUGUAACGAAUAAGGUGUAUAUAGAGGAAUUGUUGGACACGUCGGUUCUUAUGUACAGAUAAUGUCCUACGAAUCGAGUUUAAACUUAUUAAUUAUGGCUCGGUUAAACAAGCGUAUGGUGUCGUACGACGUCGCACGAUCAAGCCAUAUCUACAUAUGUGAACUAAGAUGUAAUGAAGAUUAAUUUUAGCUAGAAUUAUGUAUGCAUUAUAAACAUAUGAGGAAAAUUAUACAUUGUACACAUUAUUACUGUUGUUGCGUAGAUGAAAGAUGUUAAAUAUAAGUUAUUAAUAAAAUAAAGUAUUUAAUAAGAAA